GCCGAGACCUCUGCCAGCAGGUGAGCGGGGCGGGAAGCUAGGGAAGCUGGGGCUGAUCCUAGGAGCCUAUUGUCCACUGUUAUAUACCCUGCGUGCUUGUGUCCCUGCUGUUUACCUGAGUGGACGUGCACACCUUUUCUAGAAGGUGAGACACCUGCAGACGUGUCACAGAUUGGGCGCGGACUUGGGCUCUGCAGCCAAGCCUAGGUGGCGUCCCCAGCUCACCUGUGAACCCCGGGUCCAGCGUGUCUUCCCGGCAUGAGGAACACCAGCAAAGAGCCACAGGGCGCCACGAAUCGCUAUGCACCCUGCGACUGGUAUUACCACCUGCCUGUGAAGCGCUCUGAGAAGGCUGUGGCCGCCCCACCUGCAUCCCAGAUCCCAGGGCUCAGCCACUUGAGAGACACACCCAAUGGGAACCCCUUUGGGACCCGGAGAUACUGGAUCAAAGAGACAGACUCCGAGUAUGUGAAGCUGGCGAAGCAAGGUGGCCGGCCUGAUCUGCUGAAGCACUUUGUGGCCUCCGGGAGCAGGAAGGGCUCUCCGGUGGCUUACGCCAUGCCAGACUGGUACAUUCACCACAACAAGCCGUCUACCGCCAACCAGCGACAGGUCCCUGCCGUUUCCAUGCCAGAUUACAUGGUUUAUGAGGAGUUUAACCCCAACCAAGCCAAUGGCAGCUAUGAAUCUAAAAGAGGGCCCUUUGACUUCGACAUGAAAACAGUGUGGCAACGAGAGGCUGAUGAACUUGAGGAGAAAAAAAAGUGGUGGUGCUUUGACCAUGAGAACAAGAAGAGUGGUCCAGGAGGUGGCGCAGUGAAGCUGCCAGCCAUUAACUCAAAGUAUCAGAGCAAAGUGGGGAUGCCAUUUGGCUCCAAAGAUGUUGCAGGAAGUAGACUCUCCUUUCCUCCCAUGCCUGGUCAAAAAAACACCUCACCCACAAACUUUUCCAAACUUAUUAGCAAUGGUUAUAAGGAUGAAUGGUUACAGCGAGGAGGGGCCGAUUCAGAGAAGCAAACCCCACAGACCUCCAGAGCCACAGCAUCAUCAUCGAUGUCUACGCAGGACCCUGAAGAGCACCCUGAAGAAGAACAGACACCAGUCCCUGAGGCUCCAGAAGUCUCUGAGGAAGCCCAAGGUCCAGGUUCAGUAGGGUCAGUGACACCAGCAGAGCUCAGAUAAGCCCCAUCCCAUCUGCCUUCAGGUGCACUCCCAGUUGGCUACCUACAACACGACUAUGUUACAACUUCAUUUACAAGGCUCCUGGUAUAUAGACUGAUUGAAUAUUUUAUCUUCUAUCCUAUUGACAUCAUUGCUCCAUAGCUAGUAUAUUUGUCUUUUUUCUUCCUUUCUUUCUUUUUCUUUCUUUCUUUCUUUCUUCAUUUCUCUGGGGUUAAGCAUAAGGCCUUUGAGACACUUUGCCUUACUAGCCUGGGGGUGCCCUGUCAUCUGUCCCUUAACCAGCCAUCAUUCCUAUCAUGAUCUGGCAUUCCUUUCCUUUUACUUGGGUGCCCCUAUUGGUGGCAUUUGUAUGGAAAUCAACUUUUUGUAGACUCUCUACUGGGAGAAAUUCAUAGCGUAAACUUCAAGCCUCUUCCAUUAUUUGACCCUGUAAUCUUUGUGGAAAUAAUUUUUGUUACAGAAAAAAGAACCAAUUCCAGAAUAUUGCAAUACAUUUAUGUUGUGCAAAAGAUUAUUAUGUCUUGGAGUUUUAAACAGUUAGUGGUUAAAACAAGCUUGCAUUGGCUAAACAUUUUUGCUAACAAUUUUGCAUGAAUUGAAAUCUGUAAUAUUAAACAUUUGUUAUUUGAUAUCUUCUUAAGCAAAACGAUAUUUAAUAUUUAACUUCAUGCCCUUAACAAAAUGUUAUAAUAAUCAGACUGAAUUAUCUGGGUUUUUUUUAAGUUUUGUUACUGUUUAUAUGUAAUGAGCAUUAAAAUAUAGUUUUAUAUUUUUACAUUAAAUGCAUUAGUAAAAAUAAUUUUCUGCUGAAAGAUUUUCAAAAAGCCAAAUAAAGUCACAUAUAUUUUAGCACCUUUGCCAGAAUAAACUUAUCAUGCACUUGCUCAUGGAAAAUAUAAAAGUUAAAAAAUGAAUGCAAUAUCUAUUAUAAAAUUAGAUACUUAAUUGAGCAUAUAUAUCUAUAUUAUUUUAUCAAACUGAUAUUAUUAUAGGAAGAUGUAUGUAGUGUAAAGAAAAGGUGAAUGGCUGUAUAUAUUGAAUAAAAAGAAUAUUACCUUAUA